UCUCAAAAAUUUCAAUUUUCACUUCUCCAAACUUCAAAUUGGCCAUAAAAAAUGCUCCGUCAUUACCCACCAAUCAAAUCCGCACAUGCCACCUAUAGCGUUCACCUCUUAUUUCUGCCGAAUCAUUAUCAAAGUUCUUGUCAUGAAUACCAAAAUUUCGUCUACUUUAUUGCCCUAUCAUCGCAAAAGCGACGUCGCGUCGCAAAAUAAUCAGUAAUCAUGAGUUGACACAUGUUAUAAAAGCUUCUCGACUUCGGCAAACGAAGUCCAGUCCGCAACAAACCACACCGCGACUAACAUGGAAUUUACAAGCGUGCUUUUAUACCUUCUCACCGCUCUCAUUUCGGUGGCGGUGCUAUUUUUACGGCGAAAUCUGAAUUAUUGGAAGAAGCGUGGCAUCCCUCACGAUGCCCCGCACAUGUUGUUCGGCAAUAUGCAGGAUUAUCGUACCAAACGAUCGCUGAGCCAAAUUAUGGCGGAUUAUUAUAUGAAAUUCAAGGGUACCGGACCCUUUGCUGGGCUCUAUUUGGGACAACGUCCGGUGGCCCUGCUCUUGGAUAUACCCACCAUUAAGAAUGUGAUGAUCAAGGAUUUCAAUAACUUCACCGAUCGUGGCAUGUACUAUAAUGAGAAGGAGGACCCAUUGACGGGCCACCUGUUCUUCAUCGAUAGCCAUAAAUGGCGUAGCAUGAGAAAUAAGGUAUCGCCGGCCUUUACCUCGGGCAAAAUGAAGUUUAUGUAUCCCACGGUGUUGGAGGUAAUAUCGGAUUUCAUGACUGUUCUGGAUGAGCAUGUCCAAAAGGGCGCAAAUGGAGCGGUGGAUGUUCGUGAUUUGCUGGGCCGCCUGGGCACUGAGAUCAUUGGACGUGUGGCCUUUGGCAUUGAGUGUAACAGUUUGAAAAAUACCGAAGAUGAAUUCGUGCGCCUGGGACGUAAAUCCCUUGAGGUCCCGCGCCACAAUAGUUUGAUCAUGGCUUUCAUUGAUAGUUUCCCCAAGCUGGCCAGGGCCUUGGGCAUGCGCAUCCUCCCCGAAGAUGUCCAUCAAUUCUUUAUGAAAACCAUUGUGGAUACGGUGAAAUAUCGUGAGGAGAAUAAGAUUCAGCGGAAUGACUUUUUGAAUAUUUUAAUUGAAUUGAAGAACAACAAGGAGGACAAAUCGGGUCUGGGUGGUCUGAGCUAUGAGGAGUUGGCUGCCCAGGUGUUUGUCUUCUUUUUGGGUGGUUUUGAAACCUCCUCCUCCACGGUGACAUUUGCUCUCUUUGAGCUGGCCCAAAAUCAGGAAAUGCAGGAACGUCUACGCCAGGAGGUCAAAGAGACUUUGAAGAAAUGCGAUUCCGAACAAUUUACCUAUGAAAGUCUAUCGGAAAUGCCCUAUCUCAAUCAGGUGUUGUGUGAAUCCCUGCGCAAAUACCCCGUGGUACCAUUUCUAACACGCCAAGCCCUCAAAGACUAUGCCAUACCCGGCUACCCGAAAUACACCAUUGAGGCAGGCACAAUGGCCUUCAUACCCACUCUGGGCAUACACAACGAUCCCGAACUCUAUCCCAAUCCAGAGCAAUUUGAUCCCGAACGUUUCUCCCCCGAAAUGACACGCAAUCGCGAAUCUGUCGAAUGGUUGGGUUUUGGUGAUGGACCACGCAAUUGCAUUGGCCUUCGAUUUGGUAAACUCCAGUCACGCCUCUCGUUGGCCAAUAUUGUUAAUCGUUAUCGUUUCACUUUGAGUUCGAAGACGAAAGUUCCGCUCGAGUUCAAACCCGAAGCACCAACUAUGUCUACGGUACAUCCGAUUUAUUUGAAUUUUGAAGAGAUUCGAAGCAAUAAAAAAAUUAUGGAUUUCGGUUCAUUUCUUUUGUAUGCCCUUGGGGUGUUGGCCUCUUUGGCCUUGUAUUUUGUGCGCUGGAAUUUCGGCUACUGGAAGAGGCGUGGCAUACCCCAUGAAGAACCCCAUUUGGUGAUGGGCAAUGUCAAGGGUUUGAGGAGUAAAUAUCACAUUGGUGAAAUUAUUGCCGAUUAUUAUCGGAAAUUUAAGGGAUCGGGACCCUUUGCCGGCAUUUUCUUGGGCCAUAAACCCGCUGCUGUCGUAUUGGACAAGGAGCUAAGAAAACGGGUUCUCAUUAAGGAUUUUUCCAAUUUUGCCAAUCGUGGUCUGUAUUACAAUGAAAAAGAUGAUCCGCUGACCGGCCACUUGGUAAUGGUGGAGGGUGAAAAAUGGCGUAGCCUCAGGACAAAACUCUCACCCACCUUUACGGCUGGAAAAAUGAAAUAUAUGUACAACACGGUGCUGGAGGUUGGACAACGCCUGCUCGAGGUGAUGUAUGAAAAGCUGGAGGUCUCCUCGGAAUUGGAUAUGCGUGAUAUUUUGGCCCGUUUCAAUACCGAUGUCAUUGGCAGUGUGGCCUUUGGUAUUGAAUGCAAUAGCCUGAGGAAUCCCCACGAUCGUUUUCUGGCCAUGGGAAGGAAAUCCAUUGAAGUGCCCAGACAUAAUGCCCUGAUUAUGGCCUUCAUCGAUAGCUUCCCAGAGUUGUCAAGGAAACUGGGCAUGCGCGUUUUGCCAGAAGAUGUCCAUCAAUUUUUCAUGUCCUCCAUCAAGGAAACGGUGGACUAUCGGGAGAAGAACAAUAUUCGGCGCAAUGAUUUUUUGGAUCUCGUCCUGGAUUUGAAAAAUAAUCCGGAGAGUAUCUCCAAGCUGGGGGGCUUGACAUUCAAUGAAUUGGCUGCCCAGGUGUUUGUAUUCUUCCUGGGGGGCUUUGAGACCUCCUCUUCGACAAUGGGGUUUGCCCUCUAUGAAUUGGCCCAAAAUCAGCAGCUGCAGGAUCGUCUACGCGAGGAGGUUAAUGAGGUGUUUGAUCAGUUCAAGGAGGAUAACAUUAGCUAUGAUGCUCUCAUGAAUAUACCCUAUUUGGAUCAGGUAUUGAAUGAAACACUCCGCAAAUACCCCGUCGGCAGUGCACUGACCCGCCAGACCUUGAACGACUAUGUGGUGCCGCACAAUCCCAAAUAUGUGUUGCCAAAGGGCACCCUGGUCUUCAUACCCGUCUUGGGCAUACACUAUGACCCCGAACUGUACCCCAAUCCCGAAGAAUUUGAUCCCGAACGUUUCUCCCCUGAAAUGGUGAAACAGCGUGACUCCGUCGAUUGGCUGGGUUUUGGUGAUGGUCCGCGCAAUUGUAUUGGCAUGCGUUUUGGUAAAAUGCAAUCACGUUUGGGUUUGGCUUUGGUUAUCAGGCAUUUCCGUUUUACGGUAUGUUCCCGCACCGAUAUACCAAUGCAAAUUAAUCCCGAAUCGCUGGCAUGGACACCGAAAAAUAAUCUGUAUUUAAAUGUUCAAGCUAUAAGAAAGAAAAUUAAAUAAAUCGAAGGAUAUAUG